AUGAAUAAAACGAUAUCCAAAGCAAUGCUUGAGUUCAUGAACCGCAGUCCAGCUACCAUCGCUGUAGAGACAAGUAUUGUACUCCUUAUUGGACUGAUUGCCAUUGGAGGAAAUCUUCUGGUAGUAAUCUCCAUCUAUCGUAAUCCCAGCCUUCGUACCAUCACUAACUACUUCGUACUCUCGCUCGCUGCGACUGAUGUUUUGUAUCCAGCAGUAGGACUGCCUCCUUCUCUAAUUUGGUCUAUUAUGAGUCGUUUUACUUUUGAGCAAAACGUAUGUACCUUUCAAGCCGUGUGUACACUUGCUUUGUCCUACGUUUCCAUCUGUAUGAUAGUGUUAAUGGCAAUCAAUCGGUUUGUUCGCGUUUGUAAGCCACAGAAAUACAAGAAAGUGUUCAACAAGAUCACAUCUCUUGUGAUGAUCACUUUUGUGUGGGUAGUCAGUUUUAUAGUAGUGACUUUAAGUAUAGCAAAUGGAGACAGUCUUUACCUGGCUCGCUUCGUUCCCUCGCAAAUAAGAUGUGGUAUUGUUUACGACAUGCGAAACACAUUCGCGAUGACGGUUGCAACUACGUUCAAUGUGAUUUCCGUGUUGUUGCCCAUCGGCAUCAUCGUCUACUGCUACUUCAAAGUCUUCAAGAAAAUCCGAGAACACAAGAGAAACAUUGCUCCUGCCUCCAAUCCAAACAGCCUGGGCACGAGUGUACAAGAAAUCAAGGUCACGUGGACCAUGUUCGCAGUUUUGAUUGGGUUUUGCUCGACAUGGAUUCCAGCGGUUAUUAUACUUAUCUCUAACAAURCUUGUGACUUUUUCAAAUGCAMWGUACCUCGCCAGGCUAAUAUGGUACUACCAUUUGCAGCACUGGGCAGCUCUGCCAUCAAUCCUGUGAUAUAUGGAGCAAUGAACACUGCAUUCAGGAGAGAGUAUAUAAAGAUCCUUCGCUGUAGGAAAAUAAAUGCAGACCGAAAUUAA